CAAAUAAAAGGUAAUUAGCAAAAUAGGGACUCUUUACAGGCAUCCAAAUGUCAGGCCAAUUAAAAGAUAAUGGGAACACGAACAUAAACAAGAACCAGGAAAGAAGCCUAUUGGUGGGACCAACGCCCACUGGGGAGGGUAUAUAACAACCCCGGAGCAAGAGGAGACAUUUGAACCUCAGAAACUUCAUCUUUCCAUUGGACCAAAGCCAACCAGACUCCAUCACCAUGGCUUGCUGUGUCGCCCGCUGCUGCAGCGUCCCCACCGGCCCUGCCACCACCAUCUGCUCCUCAGACAAGUCCUGCCGCUGUGGAGUCUGCCUGCCCAGCACCUGCCCACACACCAUUUGGCAACUGGAGCCCACCUGCUGUGACAACUGUCCCCCACCCUGCCACAUUCCUCAGCCCUGUGUGCCCACCUGCUUCCUGCUCAACUCCUGCCACCCGACCCCAGACCUGCUGACUGUCAACCUCACCACCUAUGUGCAGCCUGGCUGUGAAGAGCCCUGCACCCCAAGGUGCUGCUGACCUGGGGCUCCAGUGCUUGGUACCUGUCUUCGAAAGAGUCAACCCAGAAGCCCUAGCACUUACCUGGCAGAACCUGCAAUUAGUUUACUCUGGUUUAGAAGCUGAAGUUGGGUGACGCUGUCAUUAACAACACCUCUCCUGCUUGCCUCAACCAAAAGAAACCAGAGUCUUUGGUGAUGCAGCUUUUAACUGUAACCAGAUGCAGUUUGGACGGUUGAUGCUUUAAGGUUUCUGAAGAUGUUGACUCCUUUGUGCCUUUCUUUGGGUGUUUGGGGCUUCUGAUUUCG